CUCAUCCUCACUCGCCUCUCACAAACAAAUAGCGCCAGAAAUGGCAUUUUGAGCCAAUCACUGCCCCAUGCCGCAUCUCCUUUCGUAUUGACUCUGGCUGCUCCGGCCUUAUUCAGCCAAGCCCAGCGAAAUAUACAAUGCAUGACGACGACGAGUUUGACGAUAUAUCCGACGAGGACCUGCUCCUAGCUCUCACCCAAGCCACCAAUGCGGCGGCGAGCUCUUCCAAUGGAGUUGCUACCCUCCGCAGGCCCGGAAGUGGCCUCUCCCAUUCCAGGCCAUCGGCCCCAGGUCUUCAUCCGUUGAACAGGUCCGUAAGGGUCCCGGCCCCGCCCCGUCCCCCGGCUCAACAACAGAGCCUCCGCCAGACUACGCUGUGGGGCGGCACGAUACAGGAGGACCGAGUCACGGCAUCCCAGGCCCCUAAGAGUCGACCGUUCCGCGCCGAUCUCCCCACAGAGGCUCCAACUCACCACGAGCUCAGCCAACAUGAGCUCUCAACCUGGGUCUAUCCGCUGAAUCUCGGACCCAUUCGAGACUAUCAGUUUAGCAUCGUCAAGAAUGGUCUUUUCAACAACACACUGGUGGCUUUGCCCACCGGCCUGGGCAAGACCUUCAUCGCCGCCACCGUCAUGCUCAACUAUUUCCGCUGGACAAAGCGUGCCAAAAUCGUUUUCGUGGCGCCCACGAAACCCCUCGCCACUCAGCAGGUCCAGGCCUGCCUCAGCAUUGCCGGCAUCCCGCGCUCACAGGCCACGCUGCUCACGGGGGAGACGCCUCCGGUCCUUCGAGAGGGAGAGUGGGAGUCCAAGCGGCUGUUCUUCAUGACGCCGCAGACCCUGAUGAAUGACCUGUCCAAAGGCUACGCCGAUCCCAAGUCCAUCGUGCUCCUCGUCAUCGACGAGGCUCACCGUGCCACUGGGGACUACGCUUACGUGAAGGCUGUCGAGUUUAUCCGGCGCUUCUCGAAAAGCUUUCGGAUCCUUGCGCUGACGGCCACACCGGGAUCAACUGUCGAAGGUGUGCAGGAGAUUAUUGACAACCUUGGCAUCUCACACGUGGAGAUCAGGACCGAGGAAUCUAUCGAUAUCCGCCAGUAUGUCCAUUCGCGGAACAUCGACACCAUCACCUUCGACCCUUCCGACGAGAUGUACGAGGUCAGAAAUCUGUUUUCCAAGGCGCUCAAACCCCUUUUGGACAAGUUGAGUUCGCAAAACAUAUACUACGGCAGAGAUCCCAUGAGCUUGACAACCUACGGUCUGCUCAAAUCCCGAAACGAGUGGAUGGCGGGGCCCGGCAGACACGUGAACCAAGGGACAAAGUUUAUGAUGUUCGCUGUGUUCGGUAUCCUCCAAUCCCUAGCUCAUUCUAUCAAGCUGCUCAACUUCCACGGUAUCAAGCCCUUCUACAACAGCCUGGCCGAGUUCAGAAGUACCGAGGAAGAGAAGCCAGGACAGGGUUCGAAACUCAAGCGGCAGCUGCUGGCCGACGAGAACUUUCAAAAGAUGAUGUCCAUGAUCGAGCGCUGGAUGAAGAUGGACGAAUUCAAUGGGCACCCAAAGCUGACCUAUCUUUGCGAGACUCUCGUCAAUCACUUCAUCGACGCUGGCGAGCACUCCAACACGAGAGCCAUCGUUUUCAGUGAGUACCGUGACAGUGCCGAAGAAAUUGUCCGGCUGUUGAAUAGUCAGCCGCUUAUCAGCGCCACCGUGUUCGUUGGGCAGGCGGAUUCCAAAAGAAGCGAGGGCAUGAAGCAAAAGCAGCAGAUUGAAACUAUAGAGAAGUUCAAAAGCGGCCACUUCAAUGUCCUCGUCGCGACCUCCAUUGGUGAGGAAGGCCUCGACAUCGGCCAGGUUGAUCUGAUCGUCUGCUACGACGCCUCGGCUUCUCCAAUACGCAUGUUGCAGCGGAUGGGUCGCACAGGCAGGAGACGGGCAGGGAACAUCGUGCUGCUCCUGAUGAAAGGCAAGGAGGAGGAAAAGUACCUAGAGGCAAAGGACAACUACCAGAAGAUGCAGCAGCUGAUCUGCGACGGGGACGGCUUUAACUUCCGCCACGAUCUUUCCACAAGGAUUGUCCCUCGAGAUAUCAAACCUGAGGUCGACAAGCGCCACGUCGACAUCCCCAUCGAGAACUCUCAGAACCCGUCUCUACCUGAGCCCAAGAAGACCUCGGCUGGGCUGAGGAAGAAACCGGCCAAAAAGAAGUUCAAUAUGCCGGACGGCGUGGAAACGGGCUUCGUGAAGGCCUCGUUCUUCGGGCGGCCGGCUGGCAAGGCAGACAAAGACCCAAAACAACCGGAUGAAACCGACUUCCUGGUCGACGCACCUCCGCCGGAAAAGGUCUUCUUGAAUAAAUCCCAAGCAGACCGCUUUGAGAGGCUGUACAAAAGCCUCCCGAAGAACCCAUUCGAUAAGGUACAAGAACUGGGAUUCGAUGACCUUAAUCUUGGAGCGUACCCAGUCGCCCAGAGAGUGCUACGCCCGACGGUGAACCUGAAGCAUGGCGACUACACGAGAAGGUGUGUGAGGUUGUUCAAGGCUCUGGGUGACUAUCAAAAUUCCUCAAAGCAAGCUCCGCAACCACGUCGCGAGAUAGACCCAGGCUCGUGGAGACAACUGCCGGUGAAGCCAUUUGCGGAGGACGUUGAUGAGCGAAAGAUUUUGAACGGGCAAACGACCGGCAAAUCGCCCGCCGCAAGUAACGGCAAAAUCAACCGGAAGCGCGGAGCGGAACUUGAUUCCUUCGACGACUGCGAAGAUGAAGAUGAUGCCGAAGACGGGGAGGACACAGCAACCGCAACGACACCACCACAUCGUGGCCGUGGUGGUCGUCGAAGAGCGGCCAAAACACGGCGCGGAGGGCUUAAGCGGGUUGGCGAUCAUCUCGAAGACAUCGGAGACGAUUGCACCCGAACCAGCGAUCUGGAAGAGACAGACGGCUCCGACAGCGGUGCCGACCUGGAUGACUUCAUCGUUGCAGACGACUUGCUCACAUCCAGCAACGGACAGAAGUCCACGGACCCUACAAGUCCUGGCUCGUCUGGCCUUAGCCUAAGGCAUAGACCGCCAGGGAAGGUUGCUACGGAGGAGACGCCGUUCUACCAACCAAUGGAGUUUGAGCCCACCCAGGAUACAGACGACGAGAUGCCUGAUUUGGCCGGGCUGGUUCCUAAGAGUACGCCGGCAAAGAGGACAACGGAGACAGCCACGUCGAGAACGAGGUAUCUGGAUGAGGAGGACGACAGUGACGAUGACUUCCCCCCACCAUCUCCGCGCAGGCCGUUGGCGAAGAGGAGACGGCAAGUGCUUGCUGACAGCGAUGAUAACGACGAUGAUGAUGACACAAUAUAGCUUUCGGCGCUCGUUGAUGCGGUUGCUACAUUUGCUAUGGCGGGAUAGGGCACACACACGUCGGAAGUUAGGGCAAUGAUACCCAUGUCAGUUCACUCGUUGAUGUCCAUCUGGUGCUCCCUUGUUUUUUUUAGGUACUGCACUUGAUUACCUACCUUUUGUGAUACACAAAACCUAGCACGACCCAUUAGAUCAACUCGACAAGGUCGCAAGAACUAAC